AUGAAGAAAGGAGCUCACCCGCAAAGGCAAUGGAUAUCUUAUGUCACGCAGAGCGGCAGAUUGAUGAAUGUCAUGAUGACCAAAAUACACAACACUGGUAAAGUUUACCACUUCAGAGCAAAGCGGCAGAUGGCUGAAAGUCUGGGGCAGAUUGCCAAGUUCAAGCGUCGCUAUGGUCAGGAGAACGAGGAAGAAACCGAAAAGGGGAAAAAGGAUCCUUCAAAUUGA